AAAUAUGUUUCAUCUCUAAAUUAAUGGCCUAGUUUAUAAUGACAAAUCUGAACAGCUAUCCUUGGCGGUGUUGCUUUACUGUACACAUGAAAGAAAUCUAAUUUAUUAAAAUUUAAAAUAAAAAAAAUUGAAAUAUAUUCACAAUUGUAGAACUAAAUUCUAUUCUAUUAUAUUCUAAAAAAUUUCGAAUCAAUCUGAAAAGAUACAGAUCAAGUUUCUCGGAAUCUCAGAGCUUGACAACGAAAGCGAAUUUGAUAACUGAAAAAAAAACAUAAUUAAAUAUUUCUUUCUUUAAAGCAAUUGAAGCUGAGUUCCCAACCAGAUUCGAACCCUGAGUUGUGAAAUGAAACUUCCUGCAUGCGGCUCCAUCAUAGUUUUAUUUUGCGAAUGAUCAGAAAAUUCAGAGUCACUUCAGAUCUAUUAGCGAAUGAUCAGAGUCACUGCAGAUAGUUAAGUACUACUGAAUUAAUCUUCAUUAUUCUCUAGUUCAAAACAAAUUCAGUUUGCUUAUAACAGGUUUUGACCAAAUUGAAGAUCAAUUUCAGAAAUACAAUACCGAAUAAAUGAUUGUAUGCAAGAAUUGUCUAGAAGCUGUUCAUAUAUGAACGUGAACAAAAAAACAGCGACGAUCUUUCUCUGAUAUUCAUUUACUAUUUUGAAUUGACAGCAAGAUUCGUUCUUGGAACAGCGUUGCGUCAAUUAUAUCAUAACCGUGAUUGAAGUUUUUUUCCUCAAGUUUAUAACGUCAGCUUUGCUUUGAAAAAAUCCCAAAUUCAGUUAUUACACUCUGAAUGAAAUCAUUUCAUUCAAAGUUUAGCAAAAAGUCGUGAACAGUUUAAUGAAAUCUUUCUUACUUUGUUACAAUUUCCAAAUUAAGACUCAGUUGUCUUAAUAUUCUCUACUUUUUGUUGAUAGAAAAGAUCUCGUUUAGAAACAACUGGUAAUGUUUCGGAUUAACGAUAUUAAUUCUUGAGCCCAAUUUCGGCGUGUAACCCCGAUGUGACUUGAUCUAACCUUUCAACUGAUCUGUUGAAAAACCGCAUUUGAAUUGAUCUGAUCUGAUAUUACAGACAAUUCAGAAUAAUAAUCGAAUAUUUUUCGAACCACAUUCUCAACAGCCAUCGAAAUUUAAGAGUCACUUUCCAUAGAUGUUAUCCCGGUGAGAUGCCACCUAUUUCUCUUCCCAACAGUCAAGCUCACUCGGCAUUCUCAACUGCCGUUGGGGGAGGGGGAGGUGGAGUAGGGGGUGCAAUUGGCGCGCUGAGUAAUGACAUGUACAGAGUGGGGGACUAUGUAUACUUUGAGGUGCACGCGGGUCAGCCAUACCAAAUAAGGAAAGUAGAGGAGCUAAGCAGAAGUGGAACUAAUUGCACUACAGGAAGCACAUCUGGGGGAGGGGGAGGGGCUCAGGUGGAAGUGAAGGUGCAGUGCUUCUACAGGAGACGGGAUAUGCCCUCUUCUUUGAUUUCGAUGGCCGACAAACAUUACGCGUACUUGGAGGAGGAGAACGAAAUAGUUCAGUCUACUGAACUCAUAUCAGACGAAACGAAACACCAGCUGCGUCAUCGUGAGCUGUUCCUCUCCCGUCAAAGUGAGACAGUCCCGGCCCAAUACAUAAGAGGCAAAUGCAGUGUCCACUUACUAUCAGAAGUGGAGAGUAUGGCCUCGUAUUUGAAAAGACAAGACCACUUCUUCUAUACUCUAGUGUUCGACCCCACCCACAAGACACUACAGGCGGACAGGGGGGAGAUGAGAGUUGGGAUGCGGUUCCAGGCGGAGGUGCCUGCUUUCACACAGAUUCCCCUGGACUCUACGUACAGACCAGACCCACUGUGUGAGCAAGUGUGGCACCCCGAGGGGGGACUCAGUGAGAGAGAAGUGGAGGGAGUGGUGAGUGCAGUGAAGGCAGUGGGCACUAUGGCCAGAGCCAUAGACUACAACAACCACGCUCAGAGAGACCACUCCAUGUCUCUCUCCUAUGGUAACUCGAAGGACCCUGGACUGUUGCACAGUGCAUGUAGUGCCAGUAGAGACACUUGUGUGCAGGUGGCCUACAGUCAAAUUAGCCGACACAAGUACAGCCUCACAGACAUCAUGCUCAGUCUGGUCACAGAGAAAGGACCACUCCUCAUACGGGACGAGAUGGAGGCGUGGUCUGUGUAUGAGGCGAAUCUGUUCGAGGAGGCACUUGAUAAGAUGGGCAAGGACUUCCUCUCCAUCCAACAGCAGAUGUUUCCCUGGAAGACACUACACGCCAUCAUAGAAUACUACUACAUGUGGAAGACUACAGACAGGUACAUGAGACAGAAGAGACUGAAGGCAGCUGAUGUUGACCAGAGACUGAAGCAGGUCUACAUUCCCUCUGACUCAUCCGUAAACAACCCCAACAGAACAACAACCACAACUGCCAUACAGACACAAGCGAGCAGCACCAAUCAGAAGGAAGGAGGAGGAAGGGGGUCGACAGGGAACAGUAUUGGGGGGACAGCAGAAGUUAUGCACAGGGUCAUAUGCGAAGGAUGUGAGAUAGAAGAGUCCUCGUCUACUGACUGGUUUCUCUGGGGUCCAAACAACCAGUGCAGACUAUGUGGCGACUGCUGGACUUACUGGAAAAAGUACGGCGGACUAGUGAAGCCCAAUUUCUACGAGGGCAACAUAGUGCAGAGUGCAACAGGGAGUGCUGAGAGUGCGAAAUACGAGUGCAGAAACUGUGCGAAACUAUUCAACAGACAGGAGCGCCUAAUCAACCACAUGGCUACACACGGAGAGUACAUUUGCACAGUGGUGGGCAGAGGCAGUCAGUGCGAGAAGAAGGAGUUCAAGAGUAGAAACCAACUGCACAGACACUUGGCCACAGUGCAUCAACUGGUGCUCACUAAAAAAGACACUUAUGUACAGGCGAUCAAAUCGAGAACUUGUUUCCUGUUAGUCACGACUCCUCUGUCCAAAUAUGGAAGGAAAUUCAGUUCUCUUUACAACACUAUGAAAACUUUGGCCAGACGACCUUGCGCUGAAUUUGACCACGAAACAGUUCAGAAACAAGCUAUGAUAAACUUCAACGUUGACGAAAUAAAAGCCCUCUGCAAUACUCCGAAAUCGCUAAAAGCAGAAAGAGCAAAACUGAAGGUCAAAAUAACAGACGAACUGAUUGAAAAGAUCAGAAACUUUGAAGAAAAGGUGAUCAAACUAGAAGCUGAAAACUUUGCAGGAUCGAGUCAACUCAAACGAAAACUACCAAGUAUAUCUUUGCCAAUAUGUGCGGCGAAAGUUAAAAGAGUAAAUUGGCUGGAACAAGCUGAUGGUGUUAUUUAUAUGCAGACUGAGAAAACGAUGAAGUUACGCAACUUGUUGACAGUUCCCCAGCAGAAAAAAUGCGGACGCAGACCCUGUGUUUUGGCCCUACCCGACAUGGGUCGAGGAUAAAAAACUUGAUGUUUUCAAGAUAAUACGAAAGAAGUGCGGAAAAAAGUUCUUCUAUCAAAUUGAUAUCUUUAGUUAAAAGAAAAAACUAUAUAUGAUUUCGUAGAAGCAAAUAAAAACUUCUUUCCCAAAUAUAAAAUAUUGUAUCACAUAUAUUGUUUAAUGAAAAAAGAAGUAGAACUUCAUUUAUUAGAGGUACUUAUAAAAAUUUUUUAAUGAAUGACCUU